UUUACUUCUGCAGUCAGUAACUUUGACUUCCUUUCCAUCUGGGUCGUCGUCGUCGUAGACUACUAGUCGUCUUCUUCCAACUUUUAAUCCCGAAUUCAUAUCAUAAGACUUUAAUAUAGCUCCACGAUCCAAUUUUUAUUACUUAACUCCUUCGUUUCGCUAUUCAAUCUGUUCAACUUCCGAACAGAGGUUUUGUCUUUUUCUUUUUUUCGUACGCAAAGAUCUCAAAGUGUUUUGAUCUCUUUGCGAGAAUGAAGUGUUUCUUAUUCCCUCUUGGGGACAACAAGAAAGAAGAACAGAGGAGUCCUAAACCGGUUUCACCCCUCUCUGACCGUACUAAAUUCACCAAAACCGGUUUAGAUGGCUCUGGAACCAGCACGGUAUCAUCAUCAUCCAACCCUACCUUGCACUCCAGAGAGAAUAGCCUCAGAGAGUUCACAGUUGCUGAUCUCAGAUUAGUUACAAGGAAUUUCAGCCGCUCUGUUAUGAUAGGCGAAGGCGGUUUCGGUCGUGUCUACUGGGGAACAAUCAAGAGCUUACAAGACCCUUCCAAGAAAAUCGAAGUCGCCGUUAAGCAGCUUGGCAAGAGAGGGUUACAGGGUCAUAAAGAAUGGAUGACGGAAGUGAACUUUCUCGGGGUGGUUGAGCAUCCAAACUUGGUGAAACUGUUGGGUCAUUGUGCAGAAGACGAUGAUCGUGGAAUCCAAAGGCUUUUGGUUUAUGAAUAUAUGCCAAACCAAAGCGUUGAGUUCCAUCUAGCUCCACGUUCACCGACUGUGCUUACUUGGGACCUCAGGUUGAGAAUAGCACAAGACGCAGCUCGGGGGUUGACAUACCUCCACGAAGAAAUGGACUUUCAAAUAAUAUUUAGAGAUUUCAAGUCAUCCAACAUUCUACUAGACGAGGACUGGAAAGCAAAGCUUUCAGAUUUUGGUUUGGCUCGUUUAGGUCCUUCGCCAGGAUCAACUCAUGUUUCUACUGGUGUAGUAGGAACAAUGGGCUACGCAGCACCAGAAUAUAUCCAAACGGGUCGUCUAACAUCGAAGAGUGACGUGUGGGGUUAUGGAGUUUUCAUGUAUGAGCUCAUUACAGGAAGGAGGCCUCUAGACAAGAACAGGCCUAAAGGAGAGCAGAAGCUUUUAGAAUGGGUGAGACCUUACUUAACCGACACAAAGAGGUUUAGUCUCGUUAUAGACCCGAGGCUUGAAGGCAAAUACUCGAUUAAACACGUCCAGAAACUAGCAGUUGUAGCCAACCUUUGCCUUACUAGGAACUCAAAGGCACGUCCAAAGAUGAGUGAGGUGUUGGAGAUGGUGACAAAGAUUGUUGAAGAUUCUUCGUCUAGGAAUGGUGGUAAGAAGAGGCAGCUGGUCCCGUUGAGGAGUCUAGGACCGUCUAGCGACGUGGAAGAGAAGAAUAAGAAGGUUCUUGAUGGUGGCGAAGGAGGUUGGUUAGAUAAGUUAUGGAACCCAAAGAAUGUGAGAGCUUGUUGAUUGGCGUAGAGUUUAAUACAACUUUAUAAGUACAUUAUACCCUUUGCUGAUUUUCUGUAAUUCAACAAAUUCAAAUGUUGGGGUGGGGUUUUCGUAUUGAGCCUAGUAUAUAAACGAAGACAGAUGUAACUGAUUGUGUUUUGUCAGUGAUUUAAAAGUGAGUGUUAUUAGUAAAAUUUAUAACAAACUUUUUAUAGAGAUAUUUCAUUUA